GCACUGCAUAUAUAUUGCAAAAAGCAUGUAUUUCAGAAAUUCUAGGAAGGUAAAUCUCUAUGCCUUUAACUCUCUAGCUCUUAGAACCAGAAGUCAGAAAAGAUGAGAGAGCCAUCUAAUCAAAGCUGUUCAAAAAUUGCCCGUGAAAGCCAGACCACAGUCUGCAACAAGCAGAGAACAGAUCCACGGUACCAGCUCAUCUUUGGACUCCACCAACGCAAAGGACUUCAGCAGUGAUGCUAUUUUAAUCCAGAAGUCAUAAUGCUCACCUAAUCACUGUGCCAGAGAAGGCUGCCAAGAGAAGACCAGCCAGUGCUUCGUCUCUGAGACGAACCCAAGUGCUCUACAGGAGGAAAGGCGCUCAGUCACCACAGCACUAUGGAUCGAUUCCGGAUGAUCUUCCAGUACUUCCAGUCCAAUUCAGAGUCAGUGACUAAUGGGAUAUGUGCACUGCUAGCAUUGGCAAGUGUAAAGAUGUACAGCUCCUUUGACUUCCACUGCCCUUGCCUUGCUAAAUACAACAUGGUGUAUGGCUUAGGAAUUAUGUUUAUCCCACCAGUGGCACUUUUCCUCUGUGGUCUCAUUGUCAACAGACAGUUUGUGGUGAUGCUUGAGGAGUGGAAAAGACCUACUGGGGACAGGAAGAAGAAUCUAGCCAUUAUCAGGUACAUGUGUUCCUCCGUUCUGCAACGGGCCAUGAUUGCACCUGUUGUUUGGAUCCUAGUCACCCUGCUCGAUGGAAAAUGCUUUGUCUGUGCUUUCAGCAGUUCUGUUGACCCUGAUAAGUUUCCAGGUUUUGUCACCAACAUCACACCUUAUAAUGAGGUACAGCGCUUGCUGUCCAAGGUCCCAUGCAAGGAUGAUGAACUCAUAAGGAACAAUACUUCCCGCAAGGCUGUGUCCAGGUACCUCAAAUGCUGGUCACAGGCUUUUGGAUGGACCAUACUGCUGACCCUUAUAGUGAUCGCCUUCCUUGCUCGCUCUCUCAGGCCCUGCUUCAACCAGGCUACCUUCUUGCAGACUCGCUACUGGAGCAACUACGUUGAUAUUGAACAAAAGAUUUUUGAUGAAACUUGCUGUGAGCAUACCCGGGACUUUGCACAUAAGUGCAUCCUCCACUUCUUUGAGAGCAUGCAGAAAGAAAUUAAACGAAGGCGGUUCCAUACCCACCCAGGAAAAGAGGAGGGGAAGGAAGGGGAGAAGGGUCACUUGCAGGGAAUCAGCAGCCAGGAGGAAGUGAACAAGCUUCUUCAAUCAUGGUACUACAGCAAACCUCCGCUGGAUUUGAGCGGAGCUGUGCAGAGGCAGCCCCUGGGUACAGAGGGAAUAUCUAUGCCUUGGACAGGCAGUAUGAUUAACAGGUGGCAUCCCCAGCCAGGGACCACAAUUACAAGGCAAACAGACGUUUAAAAGGAAAUGGAAAUUGAGAACAUCAGUAGCUAGGGAGGGAAACACACACACACA